CACAUUUUUUUAUUGCUGACUAGAGUUUGGUCUUCCACGCCGGUGUUAGCUAAGCUGUUCAGACUUUCAUUAAGGUUUUCUUAUGAAAGUAGCCACAGCAAGACUUUAUAAACCUGCCGAACCAUAGAUGAAACUUGGUGGAUGACGUAUUGUCAAGAAAAUAAGAAAAAAAAAAUGAAAUCGUAGGAUAAGCUGCAAAAUAGUCCUAAAUUACACUGGAUUUCUGGUCUCCACAUUUGGAGCAGUAACUAAAAAACACUCAUAGUACUUCUCAGAGGUCUGCAGCCAUGGCAGGCAAGGGUCGAGGAGUAGCUGCCUUUACCUUCAACAUCGAGGCUCUGGGUAUCGGCAGGGGCAGCAUGCCAGACGCCAGGGUGGGGCCCAGCCCGCUGUUUCCAAACACUGACUUCAAGCCUGUGCCGCUAAAGGCUGGCGAGGAGGAGGACUACAUGUUGGCCUUGAAACAGGAGAUGAGAGGAACGAUGCAGCGGCUACCUCAUAAUAUCAAGCCUGAUUCCAAUAAAGCAGUAGUGGAGAAAUAUACAGAGAUAUACUUGAAGCAAAAACACAUAGAGGAUGAAGACUGGACUCCAGACUGGAAUCUUUUCCCAAAAGAAUUGAUGCCCCAGAAGAAGAAACCUCGGGCUAAACCAGGCACAAAGAAAAAAACUGUGAAGUUAUCACUCAAAGAAUCAGAAGCUGUGCUGAAUAAAUUAGAUGAACUAGCAAAGAAAGAUGAUGGGAAUCCUGACAAAUCAGACGAUGAGACGGAAAAGAAAAAAGGAAAUAAUGAAGGGGAGGAAGAGGAAAUAGAAGAGGAAGAAUAUGAUGAAGAAGAUAUUGAAGAGGAAAAUGACUACAUCGACAGCUAUUUUGACAAUGGUGAAGAUUUUGCUGCAGGCAGUGAUGAUAAUAUGGACGGUGAAGCGACGUACUGAGUGUGAUUUAAGCAAGCGUGGUUGUUAGAAUGUGUAUUUGCUUUGUUUUAUCUGAUUUUGAGAUGCAAGUUUUCCGUUAAGACUGAUGUAAAUAAGAAAUGCCAAACUAUGUGCAUACUGGCAAUAAUUUAUUCAAAAUAGAUGUUAUUUAUUUUUCCAACCUGUGACUUCAUUUCCACAGGUUGAAAAGGCACAUACUGUCAACAACACAUACUGCUUUUUCAUAAAGUAUCAAGUGAACAACAUGGUAAAAUAAAAGGGCUAUAUGUCAAAGUCUAAAAUUUCACCUAA